AUCUUGACAGGUCGGAGAGAGAAAGCGUAGUGGAUAGACUAGAUUUUCUUUUUCGCACGGACAACCCGGAAACAGGAAGACUUGUCGGCUUCGGAAGGGGGGUUUGCAGUUUCUGGCCCUUGAUUGCUGGUGGAGGAGAAGAAGAAGGAGGAGGAGGCCAUGGUGGGCUCCAGAAUUACUGAUCAUGAUCGUCUAGUGGAUGGUGGUAAAGGUGGUUUUCCGGCACCUCCGGCUUCUGGGGUUUCAUGCUCGAUUUGCCUUGAUAUUGUUUCAGAUAAUGGGGGUAGAUCCUGGGCUAAGCUCCAAUGCGGCCAUGAAUUCCAUCUGGAUUGCAUUGGUUCGGCAUUUAAUGUGAAAGGAGCUAUGCAAUGCCCCAAUUGCCGCAAGGUUGAAAAGGGUCAAUGGCUGUAUGCUAAUGGAUGUACCCGUUCAUUUCCUGAGUUCGGCAUGGAUGACUGGUAUCCUGAUGAGGAUUACUAUGAUUUUUAUUCUGAAAUGCCAUUUAGAUUUCAUUGGUGUCCAUUUGGUGAAUUGACAACAAUUCAUUCGGCAUUUGAGGAAGUGGAAUCUCCAUCGACCACAUAUCAUGAACUACAGGGACACCGUGCCAUAUUUUCUGAACACUCUACUUCGUCUCCUGUGGCUCGUUCAUACGUUGCAUAUGUUGGACCUCUUCCACCCACAUCUUUGAGAGCCAGUGAUGGUGUUGAUGAUCUUAACUUCAAUCAUCAUUGGAACAACCUCUCCGGACGCAAUGAGAUUUUUGCUCCACAUGCUUUUCCUGCCAUUAAUAUCCACUAUCAUAGUUGGGGCAGUCAUUCCCCCACUAUCUCUAUAUCUGGUGGCCAUGUUCAGAGUGUUGAUCCAGCUUCCAUUCCACCUGGACUAUUGAGAACUUCUCAGGGGGAACUUGAUGCUACAACUAGAUUGAGAUCAUUUCCACAUCCUCUCCCUUUUGAGCAUGGGUCCAAUUCCAGAGCAGGGAGCUCUUUUGUCUCUGCAAUUAUCCCUCGUCAUCCAGGAGGCAGUGAAAGGAUUCAGGUAUCACAUUCUUUGCACCAUCAACAGCAACCAACAAAUCAACCAGGCUUGCCUACUCCUUUAGUUCCUGCUGCCAGAAGAGGCUUGCCAACAUUAGUGCCAACGCUCUCACCACCCAAUCAUCAUAAUGGUGGGUUAUAUAUCUUCCCUCCACCAAGUUCAUCAGGCCAUGGCCCGCUUGAAGCAGAAAAUCCAUUGCCUAGUCAUUUUCAUGCAUGGGAACAACGGCAUUUAUCUCAUUUCUCAAUCACAUCAAGAGGCUCAGGUUGGGGAUUGUAUCAUUCUACUGGAGCCUCCGAUUCCAGCAAUCUGUCUGGCAGCUUUCGGCAUAGGCCCUUCUCCUAGAUGUUUCGUUACAAGCUUCAGUCUGAACAGGAUUCUAAACCAUCCCCACUUGUGGAAAGCUUUGGAAUCAUUGAAUCUGAACUUAUAAAUGGCAAAAAAGUAAGGUGUGAAACUGAAAAAUGAUAAAUAAUGUCCAUUUUUUUCUUUUUGUAAGUUUCAGUGAACUAAACCUUAAGACGUCAAGGUUCUUUGUUAAUCAUGUGGCGCAUGUACCCAAAAACAUGUGGCACCGUGAAGGUGCGUAUUUUGUCAAACAUGUUUCUGGUUGUUAAAAUUUCUGAAGUACAGUUGAGGAUGUCAGACUAAGAUUCAAAGGACAGAUUCAUUUGUCUUUGCUAAUACAUGAUUAAGAACCGU